AUGUCUUAUAAUCCAGAAACUUGGACUAUCUCAUCAAAUGAAGCACUCAAAGUAUCCAUAGCUGAUGAUCAAGGUUAUAUCUCUUUUUCUCCAUUAUUCACAUAUCCAAUUUUUGGUGAUGCUGAACAAAUUUUUGGUUAUAAAGAUUUAAAAAUUAAUCUUGUUUUCGAUAGUAUUACAUUCUUACCAUUUUUAAAAGUUAAUUAUAGUGAAAAAUUAAAUGAUGAAGUUGAUGAUAUUCAAAAGAAAAUCUUGGGGUUCUUACCAAGCUCUACUAUAAUUGAUGAUGAAGCUAAAUGGAUUGAUACAUUUACUCAAGAACAAAAAGAAUUGAAAAGGGAUUCUUGGGAAUUAAUUAAUGAUUAUAAUGUUAAGAAUGAAGAUUUCCAAGUAUUUAAAACAAAUUUUAAACAAAAUGGUCAAGAUAAUCUUCAAUCAAUUGAAUUGAAUAAAAGAUUACAAAUAUUUGUAUUAUUAUUUAUUGAAGCAGGUUCUUAUAUUGAUACAUCAGAUGAAUUAUGGGAUUUAUUUUUACUUGUUUCUAAGAAAACACAAAAAAUAUUGGGUUUUACCACUGCAUAUUCAUACUUUAAAUACAAUGGUGCUCAAGAAUUUGAUUCAAAUGAUGAAAUUUAUACAAGAAAUAAAAUUUCACAAUUUGUUAUAUUUCCACCUUAUCAAAAACAUCAACAUGGUUCAUGGUUAUAUAAUUCUAUUGUAUCAUAUUGGAUGGGGAAAUUAACAGUUAAAGAAAUUACAAUUGAAGAUCCAAAUGAAAAAUUUGAUGAUUUGAGAUAUAGAAAUGAUUUUAAAAGACUUUAUGAAGAUGGUUUUAUAAAUUCAUUACCAACUACACUAACAAAAAUUGAUUUGAAUUGGUUUCAAAUUCAUGCACAACAAUACAAGAUUGAAUUAAAUCAAUUUAAAAAACUAGUAGAAAUUGGUUAUUUAUAUACAGAACAAUUUAAAUUAGCAAGAUUAAUCAUUAAAAAAAGACUAUAUGAAAAAAAUAAAGAUGGAUUAUUAGAACUAGAACUUGCAAUAAGAAAUGAUAAACUUCAAACAGCUUAUGAAUCAAUAAAACAAGAUUAUGAUCGUAUAAUUGAUUCAAUAAGAGUUCGUGAAAUUGAUCAAAAUCCAUUGAAAAAGCAAAAAAUUUAA